AGGAAUGGAUCUUGUGCCAGGAAAACAAUCUAUAGACAAACUGCACUCCAGGAGUGGCUUUACUGCAUGUCCCUUUAAAAGCCUUCCCAAGCAGCACUUAGUCAGUUCGCAGCGCCAGUUGCUGCCUAGUUGGGUCUCUGUGGUCAGCAGAUCAACUGGGAUCUGCUGCAGCUGUGAGGAGGCGUGGGAGGCACGAGGGUGUUAAAAGAGCCCAGACAGGUGGCUCCAGCCAUUUCCUCUGCUGCCUGCCUGCGAGGGGAGCGAGGAGGACGUAGUGUCCUGCACACCUGUGGCACAGCCAGUCCCUGAGAGCCAUGGGGACAUGCAAUUCCCUCGGAGGAGGCUGCAGCACCGCAGGAGCUCCGUGGCAGGUAACAAGCAGAGCCUCACCUGGGACACACUCAUCUGUGACUCCUGAGCACUACUGCCAAGGGGAGUGCAAACACAGUGAGCAAACCUUGUGUGUGUGUCAGUGACAGCUGUGUCCUAGAUCUGAAGAGAAGCUCUCACGCAGCCUUCCUAACAGCUCGAAGGGGAUCCAGCUCAGGCCACAGGACUUCCUCUGAUGGAGAAGGGCAGGAUGUGCCUCUCAAGAGCUUCCCAGGUCAGUGUCCAGCACACUACCUUUUAUGGGAUGCACGUUCCCAACUCCUCCACGGUGCUCCCAGCCCCUCUGGCCUGGAGCUGGGCAGGGCUCCAGCGCUGCUGAACUUCGAAGGGUGCUGGGGUGGGGUUUGUCCUGGCAGGGUGGGCACGGGGACAGAGGAGCAGGGUGCUGUAGUGCAGAGGGUGUCCUUGCUGCCGGGGCUUCCACCACAGCCAACACCAGCAGCUGGCAGACUAUUGUUUGAUGCAUGAAGAAAAGGGAAGGAGCAACUUUGCCAGCACAGCUUCACUCCUGGGACUGCCCAACAUCAAAGUAUUGUCUCCACGCAGGGCAGAACUUUCCUUGCCCUCCACCCUCUCUGCUGUUCCCCUUACCGUGAGAAAGUCGGCACGGAAAGCAUCUGAGCACGGUGCUCGGCGUGCCCUGGGAGGCAGCAGCCCUUCAGGGACAGGGAGGGGGAGGGUGGCAUGCCUUUACUGCUGCAAGAUAGGGCUUCGUUGCAGCACACUCCCUUUCUGACCACUCCCAUAUAUAAAGCCCUGUGGCCACUCAGCUCCGUGUGACCAGCCUGGCUCUUGGAAUCCCUGCUCCUGGCGACCCUUGAGGCGUGAGGGUGAAGAAAACAAGUCAGGGAAGCCUGCUUUGGGAGCCGCUAGCUGAAGCAGGAUGAAGAAGCGCUGCCUGGUGGCCGCGGUGCUGGCCGCAGCCCUGCUGGGGCUCGUCCUGGUGCUGGGACUGCUGCUGGGGCUGCGCCCGGGCCCGGGGGACUCUCAUAUCUACAAGAGGGCAGCCGUGGCCACGGACGCGGGGCCCUGCUCGGUCAUCGGAAGGGACAUCCUUCAGCAAGGAGGAUCAGCAGUGGAUGCUGCGAUCGCAGCUCUGCUCUGCGUAGGACUCAUGAAUGCUCACAGCAUGGGCAUUGGAGGGGGCCUCUUCUUUACCAUCUACAGCAGCACAGGGAAAGUGGAAAUCAUCAACGCAAGAGAGGUGGCUCCAAAAAAUGCCUCUGAGGACAUGUUUGGAAACAACACCCAGAUCUCUCUGAAAGGAGGAUUGUCCAUCGCUGUCCCAGGAGAAAUCCGCGGCUAUGAACUGGCUCACAAACGUCAUGGCAAGCUGCCAUGGAAAGACCUGUUUCUGCCCAGCAUCAAGCUGGCAAAAGAAGGAUUCCCUAUUGGGAAAGGCCUCGCAGCAGCCAUCAGAUCGAGAGAGGAGGCAAUCGAAAGCAACCCCUCGCUGUGUGAAGUGUUCUGCAGAGAAGGGAAAAUUCUGCACGAAGGAGACAUCGUCAAGAUGCCAAAGCUGGCCAGCACCUACGAGACCAUAGCCCAGGAGGGAGCCGAUGCCUUCUACACAGGCAGCCUGGCCCAGCAGAUCAUCGAGGACAUCCGCGGUGCAGGGGGCAUUGUCACCCUGGAGGACCUGCGGGACUACAACGCCACAGUGAUCGAGAACCCCAUCCAGAUCGCACUUGGGGAGUUCACCCUCUACACCCCCAGUGCCCCCCUGAGUGGCCCUGUGCUCGCCCUCAUCUUCAACAUCCUGAAAGAAUACAAUUUCUCUGCUGACAGCAUCAGAACAGUGGAGGAGAGAGGCCUGACCUACCACCGCAUCGUGGAGGCCUUUCGCUUUGCCUACGCCAAGAGGACCUUACUGGGAGACCCCAAAUUCGUCAGCAUCACAGAGGCGCUCACGAACAUGACGUCGGAGUCCUUCGCGGCCGGGCUGCGGGGGAAGAUCACCGACGACAGCUCGCACCCGGUGGGCUACUACGAUCCUGUCUACUACAGCGGGGACUCUGCCGGCACCUCCCACAUCUCCGUGGUGGCUGAGGACGGCAGCGCUGUCUCCGCCACCAGCACCAUCAACCAAUACUUUGGCUCUGAUGUACGAUCCACUGUGAGUGGAAUCCUCUUUAAUGAUGAGAUGGAUGACUUCAGCUCACCUUACAUCAUCAAUGGCUUUGGGAUCCCUCCCUCUCCAGCAAACUUCAUUGCACCAGGCAAGCAGCCCAUGUCCUCUAUGUGCCCCUCCAUCUUGGUGGAUAAGGCUAAGAAGGUCAGGAUGGUGGUUGGUGCCUCUGGAGGAACAAAGAUCACCACAGCAACAGCACUGACCAUCAUGAACUCCAUCUGGUUUGGCUAUGACGUGAAGAAGGCAGUGGAAGAGCCCAGAUUUCAUGAUCAGCUGUUUCCCAACAUCACGGAGCUUGAGCUGCAAAUAGAGGAGGCUGUAGAAGAGGAGCUGAGGAGGAGGCGGCACGACACGACACGGGUGAGCGGCGGGGCCGUGGUGCAGGCGAUCCUCAGGACGGAGCAGGGCUGGGCUGCAGCCUCCGACUCCCGCAAAGGAGGCUACCCUGCGGGCUACUGACACGGCCCGGGCCUGCCUUCCAUGCUCUAGUGGCACCGAGGUGUGUUUAAGGGGAAGAUCCUUUAGGUCUGCAACUCAGGGACUUCUCGCAGGAAAGAGAACAAGUUCACCUGUGGUUCUGUUGCCAGAGCAGGGACAGAUCUCUACAGCCACGACUGCAGUGCCUCACACCACCGCAGUCUGCCACAGGCAUGUCUAGCAGGACGUGCAAUACUUACUUGAAGAGUCUCUUCUGCCUCGAAGAGUUUGUUCCCUGCCUCCUCUCCAUCCCCUGAAGACAGCUGGAGGGUACCCAGAGUUCACCCCAGCUGCAGGAAGCGCCUCUCCUGCACGGUGUCUGCUGCCACCAGUGGUCCUGCCGCUGCUGGAGAAGGGAUUUGUUCCCUGCUGAGUGGAUGGGAGUUAAGGGACUCUGGGGACUGGGGUUCCCGAGCCACCAGCUCACAGCUCUGUGCCGCAGCAGGCAGCCCAGCUCCAGCCUGGGCUAAGCCUUCACACGCUCGUCACUCUGAACGCAAGAGGUUUCUGCUUUGCACUUCAGCUGAUCCUUGGAGGUGAGUGGGGAAAUUGCUUCACACUUUUUAUAUUUCUGUCGAGAAGGUCUAAAGGGAAGAUGCUACCUGUGAAACUCUGAGCACAACUGAAAUCAAUAAAUAGGGAGGCACUCACUCCUCUUGCCUGCACAGUUCUGGAAAGGGCUGGUGAGAGCCUGCAUGAAGGGAGCUCCCCGGAGGCUUUGGUUCUGUUCUUCACUCCUUUGGUGAAACUAGGAGUAAAAAAGUCAUUAAUUAAAUAUCCAACCCAG